CCACACGUUCAUUCAGUCUGUGGACGACUUUGCGCCUGUACGUACCACUCACGCACCGUUACGCUACUGAGCGCGCCUAUACCAUACAGUCGAACGCACACUUACGCAUACACACACUCACACACACACACAAUCACUCACUCACACACACACACACACACUCACACAGAGAGCAACGCGUGUGCAUUUUUGCAUUCCAUUGCCGGCGUGUGCCAGGCAGCAGCAUUUCACAGCUGCAACUGCAACAGCAACCUGAGCAAAAGUAUUCCAAAGAUUUCGCGCGCGCUUAUCUCAAGAAAUCGUCGCGUGUGGCUCAGCAACAACAAAAACAAACAAACAUUAAUCAACAACAACAUCAAUAUCAGCAGCAACAACAACAGCAACAACUUCAAAUUGCAGCAUCUGUGUGUGUGUGAGAUCCAAAAAGUGCAUCAAUUUAUUAUACAAACAUAACUCUCGAUCCCAGUCCGAUCGGCUCUCAGUGCAAUUUUCUUAAAUAUACUACAAAUACUCUUUGGCAAUAUAUCAAAUUUCGGGUUUGACCUAUAGUUCUUGUAAAACUUAUUACGUGUUCGUAAAUAUCUAAACCAAAUUUAUAUAAAUUAUUCUGAAUUAAAACUAAGAAGUGCAAAAAUAUAUAUAAACAAAUAUUAAGUGAAAAUUUCUCAAAAGUUCCAGAGGAAAGCAAAUUAACAAACAUAUUUAAAUUCAACUUUAAUACAUCCAAGAAAACCGACGGCGCACACAAUGCGAGGGGGUCAGUGACAUGGCCGAGGGCUGCGAGGACUCUGCCGGUGCCGCUGAAUCCACAACUUCACAGUAUAAGCACGACACGAUGCUGGGCACGGUGUUGCCUUGUGAGGCGGCUAUUGUUGCGACACCAGGCAGCAGCAGCAGCAGCAGCAGCACCAGUAGCGGCAGCAACAACAACAAUAACAAUAACAACACCAACACCACCAGCAGCAGCAACAACAACAAUACUGCCAGCAAUAUUGUGAAGCGGGAGUUCUGCGAUGGCAGCAUGAUGCCAGGUGCCAGUGUCAACAACAACAACAACAGCAGCGUCAGCAAUAAUAAUAAUAAUAACAAUAACAACAACAAUACCAAAAUGCAAGCAUUGAUAUGCAGCAGCAGUAGCAAUAACAACAACAGCAGCAGCAACAACAACAACAGCAACAAUAACAAUGCAAACAGCAGCAGCAGCUCAUCAUCAUCCUCCUCCUCGUGCUCCUCCUCCUCGUCCAGCUCGUCGGCCAGCACUCUAACAAGCUGCACUACCGCAGCCAUCGUGCCCUCGAACUGCUCCACAAAUGCCAACAAGUCGCCCAGCUCGCCCUACUCCCAAAGCGGAACCAUCGGCCUGGGCAUCGGCGUAGCGCUCGCCAGUCCGCUGCGCGAGGCCAGUCCGCUGCCCAGCCGCUGCUCGCCGGCAGUCGCUGCGGCGCAAUCGCCGUGCGGCGGCGUCACGCCCGCCUCGCCGCCAUCGAUCUCCUCCAACAGCUCGUCGCAUGUGCUGGCGCUCAACAUCAAAACCGAGUCGGACUACGACAAGGAGAUUAGCUGCCACAAGAUACAUUCGCCCAGCAGCAGCAGCAGCAACCACGCCCACCAUUCCCUGCACCACCAGCACCAGCAGCUGCAGCAGCAGCAGCAGCAGCACAUACACCACCACCACCACAACAAUAACAACAGCAACAACAACAACAACAACAACGAAGAUGAAAUGGAGCCAACGCUGCUCUCGCCCGCUCACUCCAAUCACUCGGCCUACGACUGCAAGGAGCACGUCAAGGAGCUGGAGUUCUACAAGAAUCUGGCCGCGAAGGCUGCUUCGCUGGCCAAUCAUCAUCAGCGCGACACGAGCUCCGUCUCGCCCCUGCCCAUGCAAAUCGACGCGGACGAGGACGAAGCGGAGGACCAGACGGCCGAGGCGUUGCGUCUGCGGCGCGAGGAACAGGCGCAGGCCAAGGCAUUCGCGGCGCAUCUAAAUGGAACUAUGCAAGACAUGAUAAAUUUGCAAAAAUUACAAAAUUUGGCCACUCUGCAACAACAGCAACAACAGCAACAACAACAUCCGCAUUCACAUCAUUCCCAUCAUCAUCCCGCCACGGCUGCGGCACUGGCAAGUCUUCAGGGCUUAGCUGCCUCCGUGUUCAACUCACCCCUGAAUCUGAGUGUUGGCGCUGAGGCUGUGACAACAACAACAGCAGCAGCAGCAGCUGUUGCUAGUGGAGUCACUUCAACGUCAGCAGCAGCUGCUGCAGCAAGUCUCUCGCCCAGCAGCAGCAACAACAACAACAACAACAAUGGCGGCUGCCACAACGGCAACAAGCACAAGACGUCAAAGGGCAGCAACAACAACAAUAACAGCAACAACAACGGCAACAACAACGGCAACAACAACAGCAACAACAACAGCAGCAGCAGCGCAGCCGGCAAUUCCGCCAGCCAACAGCCGCAGGAUAAUCCCAGCAGCAGCAGCUCACCGCACGCCCACGCCCUAAACGCGACGACGCUGGCGAAUGUGUUGGCUGCAGCGACCGCAUCGCCACCGCCCGCGCUCCAAGCGCCGCCGGCGAGCGCGCAGAUGCCCCAACUGAUACUCGCCUCCGGCCAACUGGUGCAGGGUGUCCAAGGAGCCCAACUGCUCAUACCCACAGCCCAAGGCAUUGCUGUGCAGACCAUACUUACCAUUCCGGUGAGUCCACAGAUACCCACCAGCGAACAAUUUCUGCCCAAUGCAUUUGGCGCUUUUGCCAGCUAUCAGCAGCAGCAGCAACAGCAACAACAACAGCAGCAACAACAGCAGCAACAGCAACGCGAACAACAACGCGAACAACAACGCGAACAACAACGCGAACUGUUGGCUCCGCCUCUGGCUGCACUGCAGCAUGCGCCAGCCUUGCCGCAAUUGGCCCAAACUCCGACGAAUUUACUGAAGCCGAAUCUGUUUUCGACGGGCGUGCAGCAGCUGCUGACUGCAUUGCAUCCGGAGCUGUUUGCGGCCGCCGCUGCCAAUCAUCAGCAGCAGCAGCGGGAGCAGCGUGAACGCGAGCAGCAGCAGCAGCAGCAGCAACAGUUGGCGGCAGCAGCAGCGGCCGCAGCCGCGGCGAGUCACCUGCCACACACUCACCUGGCCGCCGACCUGCGACGCUCCGCGGAGCGCUCGCCCCCCUCGGGCUCGCCCACCGUGGGCAGCCCGGCGCUGCCGAGCAAACAGCCAGCCCCACCGCCGCCGCCGGCAGCGGCAUUCCUGCUGCAACAGCAGCUGCACAUCAAGCCUGAGACGCAGACGCAUCUGCAUCAUCAUCAUCUGCACAACACGACGGCGACGGCCACAGCGUCGUCGCAUCCGCAGAUCAGCCUGCGGCAUCCGGAUGAGCUGACGGCGCCGCAGCUGGACCUGAAGCCGCUGGAGCUGAAUAGCAGCGGCAGCGUCUCGCCGCCCGCCUUGCCGCCCUCGGCGGCGCUGGCGCGCCAUCACUUUGGCCACAAUCUGCGCACGUCGGCCGCCGUGUCGCCCAAGCACAGUCCGGGCCGUGGCUCGUCCGGCGCCACGGGCAUGAAUCUCAGCCAGCACCACGAGCGGCUGGAGCGCCGCUCCCACACACCAACGGCGACGGCGACCAGGACGAGCACUGGCGGCUCGGCGUCCGUGCACCAUCUGCCGCACGAGCGCACAGCGGGCAACGUGUCCGGCGGACGGCUCACGCCCACGGCGUCCACUCAAUCAGCCAUCGGCAGCAGCGGCAGCAACGACAGAGGCUAUUCAUCUCCGCUGUUCCGCUCGCACUCGCCGCCCGUGCAUCCGCUCAACAUGGGCAGCUCGCCGCGGCUGGACCGCGACUACCUGGGCAACGGGCCCAGCCUGAGCGGCGGCUCCAGCGUCGCCUCCGUCACGGCCACCAGCUGCACGGCGACAGUGAGCGCGUCCAGCGCCACAGGCAACGUACUUAGCAGCAUCAAUAGACUCAACGCCUCCAAUGGCGAGCUAACCAUCACCAAAUCCUUGGGGCCGCCCACGGCUACGGCCACGCGCGCCUCAUCCGCCUCGCCGCGCGACGACUCGCCCCUGCCGGGCCCAUCCACGUCGGGCGUCUCACUCAUGCAGCCCCUGAAGCUCAGCCCCUCCUCGCGCAGCGAGCCGCCCCAGCUGUCGCCCAAUGGCAACGACAAUGACAACGACCUGCUCAUGGAUUCACCGAAUGAGCCCACCAUCAAUCAGGCCACCACCAAUGUGGUCGACGGCAUUGACCUGGACGAGAUCAAGGAGUUCGCCAAGGCGUUCAAGCUGCGACGCCUCUCGCUGGGCCUCACCCAGACCCAGGUGGGCCAGGCGCUAUCCGUGACCGAGGGACCGGCGUACAGCCAGAGUGCCAUAUGCAGUGCACUCGCUGCGCAGAUGUAUGCCGCUCAACUGUCGACGCAACAACAGAACAUGUUCGAGAAACUCGACAUCACACCAAAGAGUGCUCAGAAAAUCAAGCCCGUCUUGGAGCGCUGGAUGAAGGAGGCCGAAGAGAGCCACUGGAAUCGCUACAAAUCGGGACAAAACCAUCUGACCGACUACAUUGGCGUGGAGCCGUCGAAGAAGCGCAAGCGUCGCACCUCCUUCACGCCGCAAGCCCUGGAGCUGUUGAAUGCGCACUUUGAGCGCAAUACGCAUCCAUCGGGCACCGAAAUAACAGGACUCGCCCAUCAGCUGGGCUACGAGCGCGAAGUGAUUCGCAUUUGGUUCUGCAACAAGCGGCAGGCCUUGAAGAACACCGUUCGCAUGAUGUCCAAGGGCAUGGUCUAGGGGGGCGUGCUGCCUUCCAUAUGCUGUAUAUAGUUUGUGUACGUGUGUGUAGAUGUGUGAGUGUAUGUACGUGUGUGUGUGUGUGCGUGUAUUUUGUGAUAGUUUUAAACACUUAGCGCUUAGACUCUAGGCCAUGUAAAGUAAAAGCUGUGUCAUAGCAUUUACCACUAAUGUCUGCAUAUGCCACUCCCCCCUCCACGGAUCGAAUCGAAUGCCAGAAAAAAAAUCAUCUACAAUUUAUGACUAACAUUAAUCAUAUCCCAAAUAG